UGAGGCAAGAGCAUAUCUAAAGUAUUCCUUCUGGGCGAUUUGCAAGAAAUGUUAUCUCUACUUGUUUUCUCUCUAAAGUCCUUGAACUCUGAGGUCAUGGAAGUUUGUUGGUAACUUAUGAAUUACGCACGAACGCCUUAGUGAUUGAUUCAACAGCAACUCCAAUGACAUCAGACUGUAUUGCAAACGAAUAGAGAAGUUAUAUUGUUAUUUCGCUUCAUUGGAAUACUCUAGACAUUGUUUAGUAUUCAUCCAGCACUUUACCAAACAAAAGAACGGAAGUUAGUUGCUAUUUGGAGAAGUAUAAGGUCGAGCAGCCCGCGUCGAGGCUUUCACUCGCAUCAUGAAAGUUUGUUGGGUGACUAUGUUCUGUAUUGUAAUUCUGUUACUGUGGAUUCCUGCUCAAAGCUUAGAAGAAAAUGCCUUUUCAAAGAUCGCUCAAGUCAAUUUACAAUAUGGCGAAUAUAAAGACAGUGGAAAAAUUUAUCAGAUAGAUAUGAAGUUGCCUAGUGAUUACAGCUCGAAAAGACGUCUACGGCGGGCGGCUACUAGUGAAAAGAACAGACUAUGGCCAGGGGGGGUUAUACCUUACAUAUUAGCAGAAAGUAUAGAAAGACGGAGGGAGCAUCUUAAACUGUUAAAAGGAGCCAUCGAAGAAUGGGAGAAAAAGACAUGUAUUCGAUUCGUUGAAAGAACAAACCAGCCCAACUACGUAGAGUUUUACUAUGGAAGCGGGUGUAAUUCUGAUGUCGGUGUAAUGGGCUCAGGAAGACAAACUACAUCCCUAGGGAAGGGGUGUGGGGAUCAUGGUAUAAUGGUCCAUGAGAUUGGUCAUUUACUGGGAUUGUAUCAUGAGCAAAACCGACCAGACAGAGAUGAGUACGUCAAGAUUCUCAUCGACAAUGUAAUACCAAAUUAUCGAUACGCUUUCCAAAAGAAAGACAGAGACGAUAUAGACAGUCGAAAGGUCCCGUAUGAUUAUUACUCCGUGAUGCAUUAUGGGUCGUUAGACUUUUCCAAGAACAAGAAACCAACRAUUAUAUCGCGAAAGAAAGGAAUAACGCAGUUUGGCAACGAUAAAGUUAGCAAUCUUGAUGCUAAAGUUGUUAACCUCAUGUAUGGAUGCCCAGAACUCAUUAAAUUCCCUAACGACUUCCAGUGGAAGGCUUACGGUUUGUCACGAUUUAACAACCCAACCGAUUGUAUUCGCGUCAACGAGCCUAACGAUCCCUACAGCUGGGAUAAUAACUAUCUUUGUCGACGACCUGGAAAAACUAUUAUUGGACUAGAAUGGUCUAACAGUGGGCCUAUUGAUGGCAUGAACUGUAUUAAGGCUGAUGUACCUUCAAUGAAUGGAAAGUACACAUGGAACGAUAACUACUGGUGCUGGCCUAAGGACAGUGUUUAUAAGUUUACUUGGUUUAUCCGAACCCCUAAACGAUCGAUGAGGCACCAGUGUAUCAAGAUUAGAGAGCCUAGAGAUCGAUUGUUUAGUAGACGAAAUUAUUAUUUAUGUGGCAAAAAAGAUGAAUCGCCAGUUGACGGUCAGUGGAGCGCUUGGUCGGACUGGUCUCGUUGUACACGGCAAUGUGGCGGGGGCUUUCAUCGACGUGUGCGUGCUUGCAACAACCCACCGCCWUCUUACGGUGGAAAAUAUUGCCCAGGGGAAAACUUUAUGACCGGAAGUUGCGGAACAAAAUCCUGUGACGAUUGGCCUAAGUUUCCUGACGAUUUUACUUACAAAGAAUACGACUUACCUCCACACGACAAAAUCUGCCUAAGAACCUUUGAGAGAUUCGACUUCUACAAUUGGGCGAAUAACUUGUUCUGUACACCCGACCACAUGAAGGACCCAGUGUUUGAAUGGUCUGAUGUUGGUCCCAAAAUAGGAAUGGAUUGUGUUCGUAUUUAUAACCCUCUGGAGUCUAAGUUAUACCGGGGGAGUUGGGAUGAUAAUUACUUAUGUGCUCCGAAAGAUUCACCUUAUAAGUUUAAGUUCUCGCGCAAUGGACCGAUCAAGAACAUGGGCUGCCUGAGAUGGUUUCCAAAGAAAAAACGUGGUUGGGACAACAGUUAUCUCUGCGCUGAGGCAUCAACUGUCGCUUCAUCAACCGCUAAUUCAGAAAAGAAACCAAUUUCAGGAGGAUGGACUGAAUGGACGGAGUGGACAUCUUGUACCAAGUCUUGUGCUGGAGGAUUUCAGAAACGUCACCGAUCAUGUACCAAUCCAUCCCCGAAGAAUGGUGGCCCCUUGUGUCGUGGGACAGACAUCGGRACUAGACGAUGUAACGUACAGGGAUGCGUUAUAGAUGGAAAGUGGUCUGACUGGAAAUCAUGGACAAAGUGUACGAAGUCUUGUGGUGGCGGUGAACAACAGCGACGUCGCACGUGCUCCAAYCCCRCCCCUCAGAAUGGCGGGAAAAUUUGUUACGGGGCUGACAUUGUCAGAAGAAGAUGYAACGAAAAUCCUUGCGCCAUACAUGGUGGAUGGUCGCAGUGGUCGUGGUGGGGGAGGUGUAGUAGAACGUGUUCACGAGGUGUUCAGGUGCGAAGUCGAACGUGUACAAACCCAGCACCAAGAGAUGGCGGUCGAAUGUGCUUUGGUUCAAAUGGAGAAACGAGAUUAUGUAACAAUGGUCCCUGUCCAAUAAAUGGUGCUUGGUCUCGUUGGUCCUCUUGGGGUGCCUGCAGUAAACGGUGCAGCGGUGGUGUUCAAAUACGCAGGCGCUCUUGCUCAAACCCUCCUCCGCGAUAUGGCGGUCGAGACUGUCUUGGGUUAGGCAAGCAAGAAAAACGGUGCAAUACUCAGUCUUGCCCAAUAGACGGCGCCUGGACUCCAUGGUCAUCAUGGCGACCCUGCAGUAAAACCUGUGGCGGUGGGAUUCAAAAACGCAUGCGCACUUGCUCCAACCCAGUCCCUCGAUAUGGAGGAAGAGGAUGCUAUGGAAGAAACGUCGAAGAGAAACGCUGCCAGACGCAAMWUUGUCCAAAACAACCCAUCCACGGUCGAUGGAGCGUGUGGUCGUCYUGGCAGGUUUGUAGUAAAUCGUGUGGUGGAGGUGCUCAACGUCGAUCACGCACAUGUACAAACCCUUCKCCCGCUCAUGGUGGACGGAACUGUUUCGGAGGAUCAUUUCAGUCAAGACGAUGUAACACUUUACCAUGUGCUGUAGCGGUAGAAAUUGUGUUGGAAGAUCAUUUAGCACCCAAAGAUGUAAUACACACAGAUGUAAAACUAGAGUAGAUGGUCAGUGGAGCCAAUGGUCGUCAUGGAAAACAUGCAGUGCUUCAUGCGGUGAUGGGACCCAACAGCGYACGCGCACUUGUACCAAUCCAAAACCAGCGUUCGGUGGACGGAAUUGUUAUGGCAGAUCAUYCCAGUCAAGAAAAUGUAACGUUCGAUCWUGUGCGAAAGAUGGACGGUGGAGCAACUGGUCGCAGUGGAAGGCCUGCAGUCGAUCGUGCAGCGGUGGAAUUCAACAGCGCACGCGUCGUUGUGAUAAUCCGAAACCUUCUUACGGUGGACGAAACUGCGUUGGCAGUACAUUUGAAAAAAGACGGUGUAAUACGCAGCCAUGUAUUGUUGAUGGCGCUUGGAGUUCAUGGUCUUCGUGGCGUCAAUGUACUAAGCGAUGUGGUGGUGGACUUACCCGACGMGUACGAAGUUGUACGAAUCCUAAACCUGCUUAUGGUGGUCGAAGCUGUGCCGGACAAGCUUUUGAAGUCAAACGCUGUAAUACUAGUCCUUGUAGAGUCGAUGGGCGAUGGUCUUCCUGGUCAAGCUGGCGAGCCUGCAGCCGAAGCUGCAGCGGUGGUAUUCAACAGCGCACACGCAGUUGUACAAACCCAAAGCCUUUGAACGGUGGACGCCAGUGUGUUGGUUAUACAUACCAAACGAGACCCUGCAAUACUCGACCUUGUAGAAUAGCCGCGAAGUGCCCUUAUCACUGGAUUCCACUAAARGAAGGUGACAACCUUAACUGUUACUCGCUAAGAAAACACCAUCAUACUUGGCAGCAAGCCUUUAUCAAGUGUCAUCAAUAUGGUGCUGCAUURGCCUCGGUUAACUCGCAGAGAGAACAGGAUUUUAUAGCAGAUAAUGUUAUAAAAGGUAGUUUUGCAUGGAUUGGACUCAAUGAUAUCAGGCGCGAGGGAAAUUGGACUUGGAUUGACAGGUCUUCAGCGAACUACACGAACUGGGCAGUUGGCGAACCAAAUAAAGGAGGAAGUCUCCAGAAUGAACACUGCUCUUUGAUGAAGAGUAACGGAAGAUGGAACGACUAUCCUUGCGACUUUAGAUUUAAAUUUGUAUGCAAAGCGCGGCAUAAAGGGUACUUCAAGAAAACCUAGUUUCUCUGUAUAUUAUUAACUAUGUAAAUAACAAAGACAGGCAGCAUUGUGCGUUCCUACUGUACAGACGUCCACUACGCACGCUACACGUCAACAAAAGGACUACGUUGGUCAAUACGUAAARGUGUUACGGAAAACCGCUUGUCGCUGAUUCUUCAGUAUUCACCACCUCAUAUGACUUUGGAGAGAGCUUGUGGUAUCGCUGUUUUUAUGUCUGUUUUUACGUACGAUCCCGCAAGACUUUUAAAUGACAGCUAUCGAUCUCGUAUAUGGACGUAUAACACCAAAAGAACUUAGAUCGUUGCGGUAUUUCUUGCGGAACUCAUGGUAGAAUUUGAAAGUUACGGCUCUGUUGCGUUUAAGACUCAGCACUGAUGGAUCUGUAAAAGUCUUUUUGUCAGGACCAUUGAAC